AUGACGUCCUGGUACAACAACCUCCUCACCAAGACCACGUCGCAAAUCUCCUCCCUCCGCUCCACGCUCCUCUCCUCCGACGCCGACGGCGACACCGAGGACGACACCCACGUCUGCCGCGUCCUGCGCAACUACUACGCCGACAAGGGCCGCCCCUUUCCCCCCUGGCUGCCUCCCGACCCAAAGGCCGCCGCGCCCCCGCCCGCCCAGACGCUCUACUCCCAGCCGCAGGUCGGAUCGCGAUAUGGUGGCCUCGGGCAGCAGGGGCAGCAGCAGCAGCAAGGCCCCGGCGGCGGCGCGCUGAGCAGCCUCUGGGAUAGCGGGCCGGCGGCACCGCCGCAACAGCAGCAGCAGAGCCUCCGCGCGGGGAGGCUGACGCCGGGUGCGGCCGCCGGUGCAGGACAGGCAGGGAGGAUGGGCAGCACCGGGGGGCGUGAUGACGCCGUGAUGCCGCGUCCGCUGCCGAGCCAGCGCGCAGGCAGCUACCAGAGCGCGACGGCCGCAUCCCCGCAACCGGCCGGCUCGUCGGCGCAGGACCGCCUGCGCCAGCGCCUAUGGGGCGGGAGCUCGUCGCGCACGUCCAGCCCCUCCCAGAGCACCACCGGCGGCAACGGGCAGCAGGGCCCGUUCCAGCCCCCGUCCGCCAACAGCGUCGGCGGAGGCAGCAGCAAGUCGUCAAACUAUGAAGACCGCUUCGCCCCCGGCGGAUCGUACGACUCCGGCCGCGGCGGAGGCGGCCCCUACGUGGGCGCGAACGCGCCGUGGUCGAGCGGAGGGGACGAGUACGGAGGAGGCGGCGGCGGCAGACAGGGCCUCCCCAGCGGGCCGAGGAGGCAAGGAUUGCCGAGCGGACCGAGGGGAUAUAGAUGA